AACUAACGGCAAAGACAGGAGCACGCGUCAAUGUCAAAACUUCAAACAAAAUCCUUCUAUCCCUUCGUGGACUACCACACUUGUCCACACUAUUGCUCGUGUUCCCCCUUCUGCCUUCUAUGACUCCCGCGCUAACAAAUAAAAGCCCAACUCCCUCUGGUCUCCAUACGGCCUUACUCACGGCCUUUUCGCUUUCGUUCCAGUGGAUGUAUUGCUCCAAGACUCCCGCGCAUUCCCGCGGCCGAAGUGCUUUCCUGAAAAGCCAAGCUAUGCGGGUGGAAACCAAAGUGCGCCCGCAGUCAGAGUGCGUCCGAAACCAAAACGCGCUUCCAUAGAUUAUCUGACCAGACGACCCAUUGUGAGAGCUUGCC